CUGCUGACUGUCAGUUUAAAAAAUGAAAGUAAUAUACAAGGGGCAAAAGUGGCAUUUAUCAUUCCAUCUCUCCAGGCUCCUGUCUCUUUAAUCAGCUUGAUUUGCCCAGCAAAUGAUUCCUGAGUGUGUGUGUGUGUGUGUGUGUGUGUGUGUGUGUGUGUGUGUGUGUGCCCGCGCGCGCGUGUUGUAGCUCUGUCAAUCCUUGGAUUAGAACCAAUGAUUGCAGCUUGUAGGAGGGCUGUCCAGGGCCAGAUUGUACAAUGUGCCUCAGUGCCAGAGUAUGAGUGGAGAUAAUUACGGAGAAGUCAGACUCUCUCUCGCCCUCGGCUUCCUUGUUGUGUCCUUCAGCAAAACAGUGGAUUUAAAUCUCCUCGGACUAGCUUGAGAGCAACACAAUCUAUCAGGAGGAAAAAGGAAAGAAAGAGGGAGAAAAAAAACCGAUCCUGACAAAAAAGAAGAAAAAGAAGAAAAAUAUGAAAACCAUCCAGGCAAAAAUGCACAAUUCUAUCUCGUGGGCAAUCUUCACGGGGCUGGCUGCUCUGUGCCUCUUCCAAGGAGUGCCGGUGCGUAGCGGAGAUGCCACCUUUCCCAAAGCUAUGGACAACGUGACGGUCAGGCAGGGGGAGAGCGCCACCCUCAGGUGCACAAUUGACAACCGAGUCACCCGGGUGGCCUGGCUAAACCGCAGUACCAUCCUCUAUGCUGGAAAUGACAAGUGGUGCCUAGAUCCUCGUGUGGUUCUCCUGAGUAACACCCAGACCCAGUACAGCAUUGAGAUCCAGAAUGUGGAUGUGUAUGAUGAGGGCCCUUAUACCUGCUCGGUGCAGACAGACAACCACCCUAAGACCUCCAGGGUCCACCUCAUUGUACAAGUAUCUCCCAAAAUUGUAGAGAUUUCUUCAGAUAUCUCCAUUAAUGAAGGGAACAACAUCAGCCUCACUUGCAUAGCCACAGGUAGACCGGAGCCUACAGUAACCUGGAGACAUAUUUCUCCCAAAGCUGUCGGCUUUGUGAGUGAGGAUGAGUACCUGGAGAUCCAGGGCAUCACUCGGGAGCAGUCAGGCGAGUAUGAGUGCAGCGCCUCCAACGACGUGGCAGCACCAGUCGUACGAAGAGUGAAGGUCACCGUGAACUAUCCACCAUACAUCUCAGAAGCUAAGGGUACAGGUGUCCCCGUGGGGCAGAAGGGGACUCUGCAGUGUGAAGCCUCGGCAGUCCCUUCAGCAGAAUUUCAGUGGUUCAAGGAUGACAAAAGACUGGUUGAAGGGAAGAAGGGAGUCAAAGUGGAAAACAGACCUUUCCUUUCAAGACUCACCUUUUUCAACGUCUCUGAACACGACUAUGGGAACUACACAUGUGUGGCAUCCAACAAGUUGGGCCACACCAAUGCCAGCAUCAUGCUAUUUGAACUAAAUGAGCCUACAAGCUCAACUUUAUUGCAAGGCCCAGGUGCUGUCAGCGAGGUCAACAAUGGGACGUCAAGGAGGGCAGGCUGCAUUUGGCUCCUCCCUCUUCUGGUCUUACACCUGCUCCUCAAAUUUUGAUGUGAGUGCCCCUUCCCUGCCGGGGAGAGCUGCUGCCACCGCAUCUCAAUUCAACAGCACUGCAACAUGAAGCAACAAGUCAGAAUCAAAUGAAAUUCCGAGAAUCACAGCCAAUGAGACAGAAAUUCGAGGGAGGGGAACAAAGCAUACUGUGGUAAAGGGGAAAAAAAAGUCUAAAAAAAGGAAAUUUGAAAAUUGCCUUGCAGACAUUUCGGUACCACUGAGUUUUCUUUCUUUUCCCAAAUGGGAAGAAGGCGCACCUAGCUUGGACCCACCCACAAGCUGCACUGUGUGACCUCUCUGUUGCCAGGGUGGGCAAGGGCUCAGCCACUCUGCCCACUAAAGUGCCCCACCAUGGAACAUUCUGGAGUCGGCCAUCCCAAAUUUCAUCGGUCCAUAGACACAAGCACAGAGUGAGAAACAGGGGCCCAGAAGUGCCACGGAGGGCCCUUUGGUGGGCUGCGCGAUGAUGGCGUGUGUCAUGAAGUGUGAAAUCCGAAGUAGAAAAAAAAACAAGAAUAAAAAAAGAAGAGAAGAAAGAAGAAAGAACAAACGAAACAAGACAGCCUGACAGCACCAUAACCCCACAAGCAACAGUCACAAAAGACACCGUUAAGCUUUCGGUUUUUUUUUUUUUUUUUUCAUUUUACCACAUGGACAUCAUGGAUAAUAAGGGAUUCUGAUUCAUUGUUAAUUUUAUUAAUUAUAUUUUCUGAUAUGAGUCUAGAACUUAGGGCAAAAACAAGAGACAAAACUAAAAUUACACAGGCAAGGGUGAAGGGAAGCGUGUUUCUUAAGUAUUAAAAGUGAAUAGUAUACUUCUUACCUAAGUUUACAACUGGUGGACCAGACACCAGGCACUAACCACCUGGCGAGGCUUUGGCAAAUCCACCAGACACACAUGUGAUUUAACAAACACCUCCACCAGCGUCAUAGAUUCCUCCUCAUCUCUUGCAGACAGAACUAUGCUAUCUAUACACUACUUAGACACGGAAGGUUGGUCUGCACUCUAUCUUGGUUUGUUGGCUAUGCUUCUUUUGAUGACAUAUAUUAUACAGUAUAUAUAUAUAUAUACAUAUAUUUUUUUUUGUUAGAGUUCUAGCCAUUUUCUUUCUCAGCAGGGUCCUUCUCAGACAUUACUGCAUGCUGUAUAUGGCGUUAGCUGUGUGUUGAUCUUCUAAAAGAUGAUAGAGUUUACCGGUAAUUGUGUAAUCAGCUCCUUCCUUUUUUUUUUUCCCUUGGGUUAUUUACAUGUCAGAGACAUUUCUACAAAGCAGAAAGGACAACAGAAACAAUAACUAAUACCAGGCGCAGCAUCUUUCCGGGUGUGGCUCUCUGAGGAGGAGGCUACCAGCUUGGCUUCUCCAUCACACCUUGGGGCAUUAACGGACAGCAAGCAACUGAAACAACUAAACCAACAGUAAUCACUUGCUUUAGCCCAUUGUGGGAAUCCCUGAUGCCUUUUGUGACUACUGGAGAACUUAAUCCUCUUGGUUUAUUUUAUUUAAUUUUCCACCCUUGUGUGAGUGCGUAUGAAAGAGAAGAAAAAUGCAGUUUUUAGGUAACCAUUUUUUCCUUCCCCGAAGUCUGGGGACCAGAGAGGCCUCGGGGAGGGGUCCUGGAUGUGAUGAGGGAAACUGGGAUUGGGGGAAUAGGGGAGGGAUGGGUUGUCUCUGACUUGACAUUAAAAAAGUGUUCCAUGUCCCUCUUCA